AUCACGUAGCAAACACGCGCAAGAGUUUGAAGAUCUGGUACAGAAAAAUUUCUCGGAAAAUUCUGUCUCUCUUAGGGAAGAUCGGUAUUUUCCAUAUCAGAAAGGUUUUUUGUUUCUUCUGAUCGGCUCCGGAUUGAUCCCUUUUGAAAUACUUCGAAAGAUGGAUCCUAACCAGCCACCAGUUGAAAACUAUGCAAACCCAAAGACAUGUCUCUUCCAUGUUCUCUUCAAGGGUGCUGCGUUGGCGUUUUACAUUCUCUCCGCUCUCUUCUUCAACAGCUUUGUCAUAAUCUUUGUAGUGACUGUUCUUCUUGCUGCCCUUGACUUCUGGGUCGUUAAGAAUGUGAGUGGGCGUAUACUGGUUGGUUUGAGGUGGUGGAACGAGAUCAAUGACUUGGGAGAAAGUGUGUGGAAAUUUGAGUCUCUUGACCAGGAGUCCUUGGCUCGGAUGAACAAGAAAGACUCAUGGCUUUUCUGGUGGACGCUUUACCUUGCAGCAGCUGCGUGGCUUAUCCUUGGGAUAUUUUCUCUGAUAAGGUUUCAGGCCGACUAUCUGCUUGUUGUCGGCGUUUGCUUGUCCCUCAACGUGGCUAAUAUUAUCGGCUUCACAAAGUGCAAGAAAGAUGCAAAGAAACAAUUUCAGCAGUUUGCCUCACAGACAAUCGCAUCACGGUUUCAAUCCACGGUACAAUCUGCCUUCACCCUUGUCUGAAAAGAAGAAAGGGUUUAGGGAGAGCUAAGAAGACAGUGUACAAAGAAGAUUGCCCAAACGACACCAUGUUUUUUUUGACUGAUUGUUUUCCAAUAUUUUGUAAACUUUAAGAGGUUCACUAUAUCCGCCUUUACAUGUAUUCUACAUUUUCGACUUACUCUAUUAAGAUUUUGCAUCUCGUA